AUGGACAACAAGGACAAACUAAAGAAAGCCAUCGAGUUGUACAACGAGUUCGCAGCGGAAGCCUCAAGAGCGUCAGAUGUUGCGAGGAUUUGCGACGACAACAAAGUCGCUGGUAUAGAGAGAGGCAAAGUCGCCCAACGUCCGUCACGCUCACUCUCCUUGGACCAAAUCUCCCUAGUUAAACAGAUUGAUAAACUGAAGGCGGAAUUCGGGGAGAAGACAGAAUACGAGCCAGAGGAUCCCUUGAUACAGUCUCCUGCCCUUGCACACUUCUCUCCCUUUUCCAAGCCGGAGUCACGAGGCCCUCCUCGAGGGCAAUCACAGCAGUGGCAAAGAGAACACCUGCGAUCAGAUGAUCCACAACAACGAGAGUUGGAGGAACUUUUCGAGGAGCCAUCAAGCCCGCGCUUCCGGCAAUCGAAGGGGCCAUACCAGCAUCCAUCUCGGUCACAGUCAUUUCAGUCACAGUCACAGCAGUCUCAACAGUCUCGGUCUCGAUAUAGAUCUCAGCCAUCUGGAUCUCAGCCAUCCAGAUCACAUUCAUCUAGAUCACAGUCGUCUAGAUCGCAGCCACCUGGAUCGCAGCCACCUGGAUCACAAUCAUCUCAGUCACAGCCGCAACAGUAUCAACAGCAGCAGCCAAUGCGGUACAAAAAUGCGCCUCGGCAACAUCAUCGACAACGGCAGCGGACUAAUUCAUGGCCACGUACUCAGGGUUUAGAGAAUCUUGCUGCACAUGGCUUAGCGUACGUGCCAGAGGCUCCGCGGGAGGCGGCCGCACUUUCCAUCAACCAUGGAGCAGAUACUGCCAUGUUAGAACUACAAGAACUUCCUAGUGGAGCUAGGAAGGGUAAGGAUAGAGUUGCUCGCGGUGACUAUGGACUUGGCCCAGAUCCGGUCAUUGAUGUUGAAGCAAACAAAAAAAAGGUCUGUUGCUCAAACUUUCCAAAGUUUCCGGGCUGGAAAAACUGGUUCACCAGGCGGGGCGAUGAGUAA